CUUCCCUGCCCCGGUGGGAAUACACACAAAAACAUCCCUGUCACCUGCACACAACAGGGGCAGUAAUUUACAAUAUUCCAUCGACAGUUUGAUUUGGGCAACGGCAUUACUCAGAUAUGUUUAAUGACAAUAACUGAUCAUGCUAGCUAGUAGUAGGUAACAGUCAAUGAACUGGUUGAAGAAUUGGAUAAUUAGUUACCUAGCUAGUUAGAUAGCCCGCGGCUGGCUAAGAUUAGCUAAAACUAGAAGAGAAAUUCCUAGGGAGAGAAGAGGCAUAGGAUUGCAGAACAUUAAAAGGAGGAUAACUCCACUCCACUUCAUCUCCAUGGAUCUCUCCCUUUCACCCUCUGUUUCUGACACUGUCUGUGUGCUCUGGGGCUGUGAGCUGAAUGACACCGAGAGAAAGGCAGUGUUUGAAAUAGCGGAGGAUUUGUUGGAGCAUCAGUUCUUUAUCCGAACGAUGUGUCUGAGUGCAGGGGCCAGUAAGGAGAUGCAUGUAGUGGAGGUACAGGACAGAGUUGGGGAAUACUGCAAGCCAGUGCCCAUUGCCACUCUUCACCCUAUGUGCCAACCUAUGGUCAGUUUCAGUGGGUUUGAGCUCAUGCCACCUGUCAUCUUCAACCUUCGCUCUGGGCAGGGCCCCCUCUUCAUUUCUGGACAGCAUUUGACAUUGAUCUAUGAUGAUGAUGAUGAUGAGGAGGAGGAGGAGGUCUUCUCAUCAACACCCCCACUUGAUCACAGUGGUCUUCAAUAACAUGAUCAAAUUUGAAGGACUUCAAUAAAACACAGCACAAAAAGUAAAA